UAUUUUGAACUCCACAUCUCCAACUUCCGGUUUUGUCUUGCUUACACUGUGUAAUUUGACGCAGCUGGACUUUCUGCCCUCCUCCCUCCCCGUCUGUCUCUGGGUCUCGUGUGAAAAGCUACACCUCUCACCCAGGUGGGACAUUUUUGGAGUGCCUCUCUGGAACCGCAUCUCACCGCCGAGAAGAUGACAGACUCGUCCCCGCCAGACUCCACCACCAUCCCGGUCCCGGCUGUUGUUGUGGACUCCACGAUGGUUAACGGGCAGUGCGAGCAACAACAACAACAACAGCAGGAGCCCAACACAGAAAGUCAGGGAGGGGGCUUCAAGAUGGACCAAGAGAUGAAGAUAACAGAGAGCAUAGAGGACCGAGGCCUCCUGGAGAGCAGCAUGCGCCUGAAGCCUCAUGAAGCACAGAGCUACCGGAAAAAAGCUCUUUGGGUGUCCUGGGUGUCCAUCAUGAUCACCAUCAUACUGGCCAUCGCUGCUUUCACCGUUUCCAUCAUGCGCCACAGUGCUUCAGCUUUUGGAUUUGCUUUUGACGCCACGCUGGACGUGCUGUCCUCCGUCAUCGUGUUGUGGCGAUACAGCAACGCAGCAGCUGUCCACUCAGCACACAGGGAAUACAUAGCUUGUGUCAUCCUGGGUGUGAUUUUCAUCCUAUCCUCCAUGUGCAUCCUGGGAAAAGCUAUCCACGACCUGGCCACCAAACUGCUGCCUGAAGUGGAUGACUUCCUGUUCAGCGUCUCCAUCGUCAGUGGCCUGGUGUGCAUCACCCUGGCUGUGAUUAAGUUCAUGCUCGGCAAAGUGCUCACGAGUCGAGCUCUUAUCACCGAUGGAUUUAACUCACUGAUUGGGGGGAUCAUGGGCUUCUCCAUCCUCAUCAGUGCUGAAGUGUUCAAGCAUGAGCCCAAGGUGUGGUACCUGGAUGGAACAAUAGGCGUCCUCAUCGGCCUCAUCAUCCUCGCUUAUGGAGUCAAGCUGCUGCUGGACAUGGUCCCCCGGGUCCGACAGACCAGGAACUACGAGCGCUUUGAGUGAUGGAUCACAGAGGAAAGGGUGGAGGGAUGGAUGGAGGCCGACUGAAUGACUGACAGGACAGGGACUGUAGAGAAGCUCCCCACAGUCUCUCCACAGACAAUCACAUUCAGUCGAGGUGUCAGUGAAGGCAUCGUUAAAGGGGACGGCGACAGCAGCAACAGAUGAAAACCCUUCGGCACCUUUUAAUUGUUUUAGUUUUAGUGUACAUACAUCUACAUCUUCACAGUGACCGGCAGCCUGCUGUUUUCAUGCCUCCAUAUUUAAAAUGGAGGCUCACGAAGCCACGAGAGGGAGUUGUAGACAAGAGACGAGCUCAAGCUGCAAUGUACUGGAGAUAAAUGGGGCUCCGAGAGCUCAAAACUCCAUAAAAGCAACAGAUGGUUGCACAGCAGCUUGAUUUAUAAUACCUCAGUUUCACCUCAUGGCCCUGUCACAACACAGCAGAUUAUUUUUCCCAUGGUUCCCGGAGGCCUGCGCUCAGCUGUGCUGUAAAAUGUUGCAGCGCAGCAGGUCAAACUGAUGGAUGUAGCAGUGGAUUAUUAAUGGUUCUUACCUUUUUAUUACUACUGAGAGGAUAUCAAUAUAAGGCCCAUUUGGCAAAGGGAGCAGGUACAUGAGUACAUGCUGAAAGGCACAAUGUUUAUGUGGGCACCGCUUCAAGCAGCAGCUCAUGUGCUGAAUGAAAAUCAUCAUUUCUGGCAUCCAGGUCACAUCACAGUCUUGACCCGACUUCCCCUCAACUGUGGAGGGAAAAUAUCCGCAUUUAGUAUCAGUUUGUCUCCCAUAAAUGAGACUCCAGUUUAUAAAUUAAUUUUCUUAAAAUAUAACAAAGGUACAGCUUUCUGAAGUAAUCAGGCAUCAGUUUAGGGACCACAACAUUUUACUUUUUGCUUCCAUUUGUACAUAAGUGUGUUGCAUUCACUUGAAAAAAGGAAACCAAAAAGUCUCUCUAAAUUAGUUAAAUCAUUUUUUAAUUUUUUCUUGUAUUAACUAGAUAAUUUACAACAAAAAAACUCAAUGAAAUGAAAAAGCAGAUUUUCUGAAAGACCUAAAAAGAUUUUUACAAAAAACCUCUGUUUUUCUGAAAUAAGUAGAAAUGUUUUCCCAAAGAAAGCAUUUUCUCUGAAUUAAUUUUUUUUGGAAAAAGAUAAUUUCCCCCAACAGAAUCAUUGAAUCUUCAUCAAAUUUUCUGAAAUAUAAACGUUUUCCUCAAAAAAUCUUUUUAUGACUUAAAACAAAUUUCAUAAAAAAAGCUUUUUAUAAAUUAACGAGGACCCUCUCCACCCAAAAAACUUUUGUUUUUCUGAAUGUUACGACCCCGCCUCGAAAUCCAGGGGAUCAAGGGAUCGACAACAAAAACAAGCUGGACCAAACUUAAAGAUAUAUAUACACACCGUUUUAUUACAAACCCAGGUUCCAAUUCAAACACAAAAACAAAACAACCAAAGGUGUCCAAGGUACGGAAUAUCUUGUCUGGUUAAAGGAAAAAUGAAAACUAAUUAACUAAAGGUGUCCUCAGUUGAGGUAACAAUUAACAAAUACAAAAUAAAUAGUUCUCUUUACUUAUUUAACUUUAACAAUCUAUACAAUCUUAAACCAUUAUACAAACCAAAAUCUUAAUUAAAACUUACUUUAAGCUUCUUUUGAAAAAACAAACCAAAAUCAGUCCCACAAAAUAAAUAAGGAAGGUAUUUAAACUACAAACCAAAUACAGCUACAAAACCUACCAAAACAAAAAGCUACUCACAAACGAUGAGAGCGAACAAUUUAUCUUAACUCAAACACAAUCGUGUAACUACGGGGAAAACCAAAUGCUCCUACAAUCAAUUAACCAACCAACGCUUCACUAACAAUCCCAGUUGGCAAGCUGAGGGCCUAAUGACCAGUUGGUGCUUCCUCCCUUUUAAAGGCCAGGUGUUCCGUUGGUUGGUUUGGCUGGGUGGCAGUCGUCCAAUCAGGGAGUCAGAAGAGCUGGGCGGUCCCUCAGAUCCACAGCCAAUCGCAGAGUUGCAAUCACACAGUUGGAUUUGCAUUAACACAGAACCCGGCCACGCCGGGGGAUGUGACACUGAAAAAAAGCAGAAAAACUGCUUUUUUGUAAGAAAAGAUCAACAUUUUUUCCCAAAACGCAGAUUUUCCCCCAAAAUUUUGUUUUUCUAUAUUAAGAUAA